UCAAGGAAAGUUGAUUAUUGUAUCGGUAACAAUAAACAAACGUUACAAAAAGAGCUCGUUAGAGGCCAAAGCAGUACUGGAUCGUAGUGCAGUCGAACAAUCAGUUUAACGGUGCCAAUCUCGCUGGAAUACGGUGGAAUAAACUUUCCAACUAACACAUGCUGCAGGGUCCAAGAGCAGUACAGUAAAAACUCUUCCGGAACUCCACAAACCCCUUUCCCUUCAUCCAUCGCGCAACGGCGCUUAAGUAAUUGGCUUCUCUUUCGCUUCCUUGGUGGGGCACGGAACCUCUCGAGCAAUACCAGAUGAUGCGCUCAAUGGCAACUUUAUGUAAAUAAACAACAAAUCGGAGCAACGGCUGAAAUCUAAAAUUUACUGGCUGGACGAGUAUGGCUCAUGGUAGAGCGAUGCGUGUGCGUACACUCUAUGAGUCUCGAUGAGUAGGAAAAUUUCUUCAGAAAAAUUCGCUAAAACUAUCGUUACUAGUGCAACGAAAUUGUUUGGCGGAACUUUGAAGCACAUCAAAUGAAAAAAUCAAGUUAAAUAGGUCGCAAUAGAUGAACCACAAAACAUACCGUAUCACUGGCUGGCUCUGAGACGUUUACAGGAUGAAACGUAAAUCACUACAAGCAAACAAAAGAUAUGUUUUUUUUUUUAGAAAAACAAGAUAGUUAACUACUCCGGGGGUUUCAGAUUUCCCGUAGAUCGCAACUACCAUCAUCGGGGAUGGGAACCCAUGUGGCUGAAAAGAAGCGGUCACCCGCAAUGAGCCAAAAUGACCCCGAUAGAAUUCGUGAGAACUAUGAGGAAAGCGUGGAAACUGUGGCUCGAAUGAUGGAUCAUAUUGAUUCGUGCUAUUCCUUCCUGGAUGACAAACUUUACGCUCAGCAAAUAGCCGGCCAAAUAUCUGAUCCAAUUGGACGUUACCCAAACAUUAGCCUGAAAAACUUCCACCUCGUAAGGUCCAACCAGAACAAGCGGAAAACAGGCAUAGGUUACCUCAAUCGGCGACGACCUGGGCCAGUUGCUAAAAAAGAAUCCAAACAGUCAACUAUUGCUGAUAGACAGGCUGAAGGCUCGUUAGAAGCUCUACGUUUUAGUGACAUUGUUUUUGAUCAGCAGGUAAAAACACUUUCCAAGCGUGACAACAAUAAUAUUUUUGCCGUUACCCCAGUUUCCACUAUGUCACGUACAAGUAGCGCAAAACAGAGCGAAAGGUCAUUAUUAGGUUCUGCAGGUAGCAGUGAGCAUAAAACAGUAACAAAGAAGAAUUCCUCAAACUCUAUACUAUCGUCAUUAGUUGUGGAUGUGGAUGAUAUAAAACCAACGAUUCUGCCUGAUAUCGUAACAACUACAAUCAAACGAAUCGUUCUCCCACCGCCAAUAAAAAAACAAACGACUCAAACAUCAGGUCUUUUAUCGAAGUUCGGUGAAACCAGAUGUAGUACUCUACCAGCGGUCCGUGAUAGCUCAACUACAUCACAACCGUCUGCUAAUGCAACGAUCUUGAAGACCCCACAGGCGUCAAACAACGGUAGCAAUAGUGUUAAUCGUACUCCGCCUACGCAACAUCUCUUGGUUAAGCCUCGACCUCGCCGUCAGGCUUCGCUACGAGUUAGCGAAUUCGUGCGAGCUGAAGCCGCCCUCAAUGGCCAUGAUCUUGACUUGCACGAAAUCGAUGAGUCUCCAAGUCCGAAUCGAGUAGGAGCUGACAGCGCAAAAGGGGACAUCAUUGGGGAUGAAACUGGAGAAGACCACAAUGUCAUGCGUAGUAACACAGAUGGCCUGAAUAAUUCAGAUAAGGCCGGUGUGUCCAAUGUCGACGAAGAUAAAAGUGGCAGUGGCGUUGAUAUUGAUUGUGGCGAUGCCAAUCCGAGUAGUGGGAAUAUAGGAGCUGACAGAAUUGAUGCUAAUGCAUUAAUGGACGAGCUGCAGUUAUCAGAAGAUGCGCCUGUGCAAGACAACAGCGAGCCGACAGGCUUUUCAUGUUUGUACUGCGAUCGAACGUUCAUUCAAGCAGAAGCUAUGGAAAAUCACAUCAUGGACGAGCAUGUGUAUCGCUCAGUAGCGACGUCGAAGCGGCCCGCCAAGUCGAUUAUGCCCGCUCGUUCUGCUGGCAAGCCAGUCUCGUUAAACACACCAAAAGCGUCCGCAGCGACCAACCGCCAUGAUACAGUUCGACCCCCACCCGGUAAGAUUAUAACGAUCGAAUCGCUAGUCGCUGCGCACUUCGCCGCUGCAAGGAAGCGAACCAAGUCUGGCCGUCCUCAGCUUUGCAUGGUGUGCAAGAAGACCUUCUCGUCCUGGAGUCAGCUCAAGAAGCAUUUGCCAAUACACAGCAGCGAAAGGCCAUUUAAGUGUCCAUACAACGGGUGUUCAUAUGCGUCGGUGCAAAAGGGCAACCUUAAAGUGCACAUGGUAGGUGUUCAUGUAAGGCGACAGGAGAAAAUGGAAGCAAAAAUGGCCAAAUUGGACAAUUCAUUUGAAAUUUCUCAAAGUAGUAGGGGGAACUGUGAGUAGAAUCGGAGAUGUGAUCGAAAUUGCGCGUUUGUGUGUAUGCAGAAGUGAACUGUGUGUACUGAUAUAUAUAUAAGCAUACAUAGAAAACUAUGAUAGCAUCAAUUUAACGAAACAUUGUAAACUCUGUAAGCUGUUUAUGCAUGUACAAUAUAAAUAAAUAAUUUUCCUUAAUCAUCCGGAUAUUGUGUAGUGUGUACAAUAUAAGGUUGAAUGUGAUCUAUAGUAUAAUAGAAUUUAGAACUGCUAUGACACAGUAUAGCAAUGACCACCAUAACAGUCACGAAAGUAAUAAUAAUGACAGUAUUAAAAAUAGAAGCGAACAUAUGACGAUACCAAAUACAUUAAGUGGUCUAUUUGUAUGACACAUAUACAUAUUCAUGGAUUGUAUAUACGGCACAUUGUGCGCCGUUUAGAUUUGUUCGCAAAGAGUUCUUUGUGACUUAAUUUACUAUUUAUAAGCGUCAACAAGUGAUCUAAAAGAUAUGUUACAACUUUAAGAAAAAAGCGCAAGGCACUCGUUGUACUUGAUAACUGGCGAACCAUCUAGUUUGCUUUUCUACGUUAAGCUGUUUCCUAUUGUUGACAAAAUGCCUGCAGAAAGAUGUUGGUGAAAAACAACCUUAGCUAUGUUACUAUAAUGAUUGUGUCAAAUUAAGCCUAACUAUGUGAGAGAAACGGAUUAGACAUAGUUAAAUGUCUAAACUCGGAAAAACGUUUUACUAUUCAACUUCUGUUGCUUUGUAUUGUUUUGAUUAUUGUGUAUUUUUUUUUUAUUUUUCUUCAUUACUUGCCUUUAACCAGACGUAGAGGCAUUGGGCUGAAACUUUAAAAGUGGUUUACCACGAUUAUUUAUCUUUUAAAUUUAGUGUCGUUAUACAAAAUGAUUACUAAAUUGUUAGAAAAAAAUAUUACCAAUUAUUUCUAAGAAGUGAGGUGUGUCAGUUUAGUUGUACUAAUUAUUUAGUCUCUAACCGUUGGUGCGCUAUAUGGCAAAAGUUAAGUUUUUAAGUUGUGCGCCAUUUAUGUGAAGAACGUUACCAACAGGGUUUCAGCUGUUUCCUCAUAAUAAAUAAAGAUUAAUAAAGAUAAAAUGCUGUGUUUAUUUACAAUCGCCGUCAUUAUGUUGUCGCCGAAAAUGUAUAUGAAACGAAUAUUUGAAAUAAACAGAUUCAAGUCCACUCCAAUAUUUUACAUCUUUCAAUGAGCAAACUUAAGAAACUUGCCCAACGACGCGUCCUCCAUAUAUUGUACAUAGAUUUAGAUUGUAUCUGUGUAGUUAUCUUCCUACAGCUCAUUUGUUAUUAUUGAUAAUACUAUUUUUUGUCGCUACUGUAGGUAUCGAGAGAGUUGUUUUACCAAAGAAGUCACUAUACUUUUCGCUGUUAUACGGGGUUAUUGUUCUGGCCCAUGACGGAGCCACACAAAAAGUCCAUUUCGUUCCUGGUUCGUUUUAUAGUGUACCUCUCAUACCAAAGAGCCGGACUAAUUCCCUGAAUCUACGUUAGUAUUGGAAGGAAGACAUUAAAACGCAGUACUAACCCUCAAAACAACAAAAAUACGGCACUUGAUAUGUAAAGCAUUAAUUCAGACCGCUGACUUUCAGCACGAAACAAAGUACGUUGUCGCUUGGAUCUAACCCUGGACCACCGCUGUUUUCCUAGUCCAUUAUGCAGACAUCUCACCACUCAUCUAUCACGAGUUACAUCAUGAAGUUAAACAAUAUUUCUUGUCUUGGCAUCUGCAGUCAUUAUUCGGAGGCGGUAAUUUAUAGGGUAGCUUAAGUAUUUUUAAAUUAGCACUUCAAAACGUCAAAAGCUAAACAACGUUUCUUUUACCAAGACAGAUUACCAAGAGCCUGUUGAAGGAACACAUUCAACUUUAGAAAUAAUUAAUUAAUUAACAAACCUUGUUGGAUCUAUUUUGAGAUUACUUAGUUAUGAAUUAACUAUUUCCUAUCCUACGCAAGCGAAAAAAUCAAAUCCUUAGGAUUAAGAUAGCUAUAUUUGUUGACAUUUGCAAACUAUAUUUAUCGACGCUGACAGCUAGCUGGACUAGGUAAUGAAAAAUAAAUGGACUAAUCAUAAUAGUGAAUUCAAGUUGUACAGUACAUGGUCGGAUUUUUCAUUAGAUCCCUUAGCAGCCUAAAAUAUUUUUUUAUAUUAUGGAAGCGGCGAGCUGGACCAAGCUAUUCUGAAUAGGAAAAAAUUAAUUAUUCUGAGAUUAUGUAUGGUGCAGCGUAGUUAUAAGCAUGGAAAGAAAACAGGGUAUGUUUAAGGGGAGCGAACCCAAUUGUGAUACAUCCUCAUAUAUCCGAAGUCGCGUGAGAGUAAAUUUUUACAUCUGUAUAAUAACAUAAUUAGAAUGGAAUGUACGGACGCUAGGCUAGCUCUGACUGAACGGAUAAAAUCAUUUUACGCGAGAGCCUCAAUCAAAACUCUAUUUGAAACGAGCCCACGAAAAAUUGAAGGUGAAAAUAGAUAUAAGUUCUGUCCUGCCCAUUUUUCCCUCUUUCCCUUUGUAUGUGUGUUUACCGUCUCGCCCAACGGCCGCCGCAAAGCAUUCCGUCUCGCUUUUCUAUUUGUUUUCAGGUCUGCUCACUAAGAGCUGGAGCGCCUCAACGUCGGAAGUACGUUGUAUGCCAGCGAGUUUCGCGAGAGUAACAGCUGCAUCAUCAGCAAAGCGCUAACAGUGUUUCAGGAGCGCUAUUGAUUUGAAACUAAUAGAAGUAUGUCCGGCGUGCUGUGAGGGUCCUGUUGAGUUUUUCCGAUCUGUCAUGAAGUGGCCCCUGACGUUUAGCGAACAGAUCGUCAAA